AUGGAGAUACAAGUUCCAAACUGUAAGACUGUUCACCUUUUUCACUGUGACAAUACUUUCAAACUGGACUCAAUAGAAGCACUCUUGACUACAGUGAAAGACAAAGUUGAAUUCGAAAUAUCGAUCAAGAAGCAUUGUUUCAAACUUUCAGAGAUGUCCUCUGUGAGUGAUAGCAAAGUUCCCAUUCUGAAUAUGGAUUUUGCCGUAUUUGUCGUUCAUGCCAAUGAAUCUCGACUCUCUAUCAACGAAGACAACGCUGGCAUUGGUUACGCGAAGAUCUACAAAGCUUUACUGAGAGCGACCGGUGAGUCUUGCGUUAGAUUAUUCGGAGUGAAGUGUGAACGUUGUUUUUUGAUAGAGAACCUGUACGUACGGAAAGAUUAUGAUCAGCCGCUUGAUCGAUCGGGUUAUGUCAUAGAUAAUCGUUAUGUGAGUUUCGGCCCACAUUGCUGGACUGUCCUACGGUCAAACUUCUUAGCCCGUUCAAAUCGCAAUAGUUUCUAUCGUCUUUUUAUUUUUCAAUUUUAAGCUUUUAGUUUCAUUUGUUUAUGUAGCCACUAAUUUAGCAUUAACUUAAAAAAAAUUAUCAAAUUUUCUUCACAACUAUGGUAGAACCCCCCUAACUCUAACCCAAUUAACUCGAAUCCCCUCCCCAUCCCCCCACCACAGUUGCGAAAUGAAAUAUACAAAACCUUGGACUUUUGCUCGGAUUUGCUAUUAUGAUGACGUUAGCCGUUUUUGAAGAAACGAUAAGGACAUCGUUGCAGUAGUUAAUACUAUGGAAAUGAUUUUUUGUAGUUACCCCUCGGCUUCCUUUUCGCACAGCAAAAGUAAAAUGUUGUUGAGGUCAGUCUGAAGAGAGUGAUUCCAGCGGAAUUUUCUCGUAGCCAAUGAGAAAUAAGCAAUAAUCAGAAACGAAAUGAACAUGAAAGCGAACUUCGCAGUAAUGAACACAACUUAACCAGAAGUGAAAAUAAGGCCUGACAAAAAAAUUCAGGCCUGUGCGGGAUUCGAAUCCUUGACCUCUGCGAUAUCGGUGCAAUCAGUCUACCAACUGAGCUAACAAGCCAACUGGGAGCUGGUCAGUAUGUUAUUCAUCACUUAUUGAGUUUAUUACGAACCAGCAUACUCUGCUUAAGUACUAUUCAUUACUGCGAAGAUUGCUUUCAUAUUCAUGUCAAACAAGACUUUAUAUCUGGUAAUCCUUGAACACAGAUUUCGGUCUUAUCGCUGUAAAAUAAGGCUUACAAAAGAAUUAGAACGAAAUAAUUUUUUGUCCUUUUUACGAAAGCGAGUGACAGAAUUCUCUCUUGUUUACUUAAUGUCAAUUUAUAGCAUUUUUAUUGCUGUAAAGUCGUUUUGUCCUCAAUCAACUUUCUCUUUUAUAAAAUUGACAAGCUAUGUUACGUUUAAAUCACGUGGCUUGGGAUAAAACAAGCGAUCUUCCCAAAUACGGUGAUUAUUCCUUUGUUACAAGGGUGACCCUUGGCAAGUCAAAAAUUUUUUCUUGGCACAAAAACCACCGAGAGAUUCACGAGAAAGCUCUUCUACACUUUUUUGAACCGAGUAAGAUGGGUGAAAAGUUUGAUUAUCAUGGGCCAGAAAUGAGUCUAUCAGCCGACACUUCUAACGCAACAGCUGAGGAAAAUAACCAGGGGCUGAAUCCUCAACCAGAGAUCACACAAUCGACGCCGUCCAACGUUCCAGAGAAUAUUUCAGUGCAUCCAAGGCUCCGAAAUGGAGAUAGGGCGUUGAUUUAGCUUCCCCUACACUUUACUUGAAUACUAGACCUACUCGUGCUCCUAAGGCUACAGAAUUACAUACAAGAGAAUUUCGUACGGAUGUUCAGUCCGUGGAGCGUGUUCGCCCCGUGUUUACAUCGUCUGAUCUACUAUAUCAUCCCAAUUUUGUCGUGUGUUCUUUUUCUUGCUCUACCAGGGUUGCUCCUGAAUUACCCAGAAGGUUCUCCUUGCUUCUAGAUACUCGGCUUCGCCAUGGGGAAGUCUCAGACGACGCGAGAGACGUGGUGCAUAGAGAGGACGGAUGGCAGGUACCGGAGGGCUACAGGGACCAUCUAAGAAGUAUUCACGCGGCAGAAACUAACCUUAGAGUAAAGUUUGUAGUUCGCCAAAAC